AUUUAACAGAAGGUACCAAGUAUUUUAAAUUAUAUGCUCUUGUCGAACAUAUCUCCGACUGAUUUUUACACAAUCAGCAUUUUUCUUGUUAUCCUUUAAUAACGAUAAUGGCUAAAUGGUUCAAGUCUCAAAAAUUUCGCCAACAGCAUGCCUUUUGAGGUAUCCAACUUGAAACAUCCCGCCCUGUCCACCACGCGCUCUGUUGUCGGUUUUAUGCUUUGUCACAUGACCACGUUGUGUUUUCACGACCCCGGCAAAACUUUGUCUCAUCACUAUAUCGCCGAGAUUGGCGCGAUGGAGGAUGAAAACUGCCAAGAAUGUCACGAUUGGUGCAAAAACAUGGCAUCGGGCACCUGUACGCGAGCUGUCAUCUUCAUUACAAGUGCGAAGAAGGCCCUGUCAACAAUGUGGUUAAAAGAAAAAGGAUGACAACAAGGUUUUGGCUUCGCUGGACGAGUCUAUCUGGCGGUGUCUUGCUUGAAAUAUCUAAACUCAGUACAAUGGGGUGGAGAUUCACUACUUAUUCAAACACCAUUUAUUUGCCUAAAGAACAUUGUCAUGCGAAAGAUCGUUAGGAAAUUUGGAAAAUUUGGAGUAGAAAAGCAGCGAGCACCUGCCCUGGAUUUUAAAUUUCGCUCUGGAGGGAUUUAAAUUUGAAACUGCCAUCACACAGUUGGACUAUGGAGUUCUACAGAAUAGGUGAUACAGAAACCAUGUCGAUGCAGGAGCUGAUUGAGGGCGACUUGCGAUCGGAAAUUGAUAACAUUUUGAGGAAUGGAAACCUUCAAGAUUUAAACACCAGUUUAAAUAAUUCGAAUAGUGUCAGUCAUCACGUCAAUGUCAACGGCCAUGUUGCAGCCAUCACUUCUUCUGCUGUAAUUCAAAUUCAACCACCCCUCCAAUCUGUAGCUCAGGUUCAGACCACAGGAGGUAAUGUAGACUUAGAAUCAUCUGCUGGCUCAGAGUUGGGGAAUUUAAGCUGGCUUCACAAUGUGGAUGUGCCCCAGUUGUCAAGACUAGCACAGGCAGAGAACAACAACCCUAACCUGCUUGUUAAUCCACAGACUGGUAUGCCUAUUCAGACACAAAUUGGUCAGCCCAUGGCAAUCUCCAUAGCAGGUGCUGCUCCUUCCCCUGCUGGCCACGGAGCACCGCAAGUGCAGUAUGUGACAAUCACUAGUCCAGCAAAUAUUGCAACUACUGCUCAACAGCCCAUGUACAUACAGCAGCCUGCCUCCACUGCAGUAUUACAGCAGCAUCUACAGAGUCCUAACGGUAUGCAGAAUCAACAGCAAUAUUUCCAAUAUCAGCAAAGCCCUCAGACUUUUAACAACCAAAGACCUGCUGCGGUCGCUACACAAGAAACGGAGAAAAUGUUCCCCAAGCCUGUGUAUUCUUACAGCUGUUUGAUAGCAAUGGCACUGAAAAAUAGCAAGGCUGGGAGUCUGCCAGUCAGUGAGAUUUACAAUUUUAUGAUAGAGAAUUUCCCCUACUUCAAGUCUGCUCCAGAUGGAUGGAAGAAUUCUGUUCGCCACAACCUGUCUCUGAACAAGUGUUUUGAGAAGAUUGAGAAUCCAAAGGGUGGAGGGACCUCCAGGAAGGGGUGCCUAUGGGCCAUGAAUCCUGCCAAAAUAGAGAAAAUGAUGGAUGAGAUAGCCAAAUGGAGAAAGAAGGACCCCAUUGCUAUCAAGAGGAGUAUGGCAAAACCAGAAGACUUAGAUAUUCUAGAGAAAGGAGAAGCAGGUCUUCCUCCUAGCAACAACAGUAUUCAAGAUGAUCCAGAGCCAAUGACACCUGAGUACAACAUGGAUGACCCACGUCUGCUGAAAGACCCAACUUUGUUGAAAGAUUCUGGAGAUUUCUUUGGAACUCUGAAUGGAUUAGAUCAUAAUCUAGAACUGGAUCCUUCUCUGUCAGAGCUAGCCUUACAGAAUGGCAUCUGGGAUGACUUUAACUCAGACGAUCUGAACCUGGACAUUCCAAUCACCACAUCUCCAUUUAAUAUAUCGGGAUCUUCGCUCCUGAAUUUUUCUUCCCCAAUGAGCUCAGCAUCACCUACUACUUUUCUAAACAGUCCCAAAGUAGGUAGCGUAAAAGUGGAACCAAUGGAAAGUGCCACUAAUAUACAAGGCAGUUAUAUAGUUGAAACCACUUUGUCAGGGAGUGUGAAAAGCCGACCUACAACUCCAAGAACUAUAGGGACAAAUACAUGACAAACUUCUGCAGAAUAUUAGACUUUCAAAUUGAAAAUCUGACACACAUUUUAUCAUCACAAUGUUUAUAUGCAAUACAUACAAGGUGCAUAAAAAGUGUAUAUUAUACUGCCAAUUAUAAUGUAUGACAAAUUGAUUUCAAAGCUUUUACGUCCUAAUUAUAAAUGUGAAGGUUUUUAAUCAAAAGCAAGGUUGUUCCUGUUGUAGAUUUUCAUCAUGUUUUGGUUAGUUGAAUUGAUUGAUGAUAAGCUUAGGGUUUUAAGGUAACCAUAACAAUUUGGCAGUCUUAAUCAUAGACUAGUCUCCUUUGUGUCAUCAUCUUAAUAUUUGUUUAUAUCUUUUUCCCUUGUAGGACAUAAAGCUGAAGUUUGAAUUGUUUUAUUUCAAUGAGCCCUUUAAAAAUUGUUACACUGGAGGUAUACAAUCAUGGUAUCAUAUUUUUUUCUUUUCUUUGUGUUAAAGGGCCCUGAGUGUAAAGAUUUAUGUAAAAUUGGACAAAUAACCUUUUUCCUUAUCUUUUUUGAAAGUGUGUUUUUGUUUUGUCAUUAGUAAGAUGUAAGGUUUUUGUAAUUUGGAUUUAACUUUGUCAAUGAAUGAUACUCUGUAAAAUGUAACACUUUGUUUCUCUCAUAUUUUCUCAAAUUACAAGGUGGUAUUUAAUGUUUUUUUAUAUUGAGGGAGAGAAAUCACGGUUUUUGAUGUUGUAAGUAGUGUAUAUAGCUGUACAUAGGUAAUUAACACUGGCACAGGUAGGCCUGCUACAUAUAUGUAUAUAAUAUAAGAGUGGAGUGAGAAUGAGAAAGAUCGGUUCAUAAUGAUUCUAUUAUUGCUUUUUAGUUAACAGUAUGAGGUGAAUGUUUAGCCAGCUUUAUUUCACUGGAACUGUCUUAGGAGAGAAUUACCUGGCAUUGCACUUUAAUGCUAACAUUAUUUUAACGAUCACAGAUCAAAAAUUCUAAACCCUACAGCUAUUACUAUUUUUUAAUGGAGUAUAUAGAAGCCCUCCAUUUAUUUUGCUUUUCUAAAAUGUGUCAUCUGGUUUAUGUGCAUCGUCCCAAAAUAAGAUGAGUGAUUGACAUAGAUGUAGAUGAUCCCUGAUGACUUCUAGGAGGCGAGUUCUAACUAUGAAACAACACACAAAACACAACAAGUGGUCUCUAACUGUUACAUUUUCUGUGUAGUCAAAAUCAGGGCACCUUUGCAUUGUUAUCUAUGGUACAUUUUUGAUGCAAAGAUCCACCUGGUAUAUUUUUGUCCUUGAAAUUCAGUUGUGUAUCAAAUAUAGUCUAGCUUUGUACACUGCAAUGAAGUAACCAAAGGUGCCACAGGUGUUUUUUUCCCCUGGCAGUAAAACGGUGCUUCUUCUUGUCCUGUUUGCUGUAGAGUUAAGGUUUUAAUAUUGUGUUAAUACAUUGUUUUUUUUACAAAAUCAGAUAUGAAAAAUAAAAAAGUGAUCUACACUGCCAAGUAUGAUAACAUCAAAUGCUCAGGUGUGGACUUCCCAAAGGCAGCAUUCUCACCAUUAGUCCACAGUGUCAACAGUGGUGCAACAAUAAUCAAUUAUCUGUCAUUUAUAUGGUGUCAAGAGAGCAUUUGUUUUAAUUUUCUGUAUUUGUGUCGCAUUAAGAACAAAGGAAGUAUGUACUAUGUAACAAAUGUCUAGUGUCACAUGUACUGCACAAAGUAUAUCCAAGUCAAAUGUUGGUGCACAUAGACUAAGAUUUUAGGAUAUUAGCUGCAUUUUGGUUAAGCGUUGCCUGGAGGUGUAGUCCAUAUUUGGUCUAAAUUAGUCUAGUUGAAGACUUGGAUGAACCACUUGCCCAUAAUGCAAUUUUAAGUUCACCUGGGCAUAUUUUAUCAAGUAUUAAGUCUUUUUAGAUGAGAUUGAGCAAAAAUAUCAUACUUACAUUAAGAUGUCCAAUGUUUUAAUACAUUUUAUGGUGCCACUUGGUGCAUAUCAAAGCAAUGUAUUUCUGGUUGCAUUUUUAUGUUUGCCUGCCAGGUUUUAAAAUAUGCAUGAUCAGUUUCACAAUGCCACGUUGAGCCUGUAAGAGCAGCUGAAGGAUCUAUGCAAGCUGAAGUGCAUUUAUUGUUAAAGUUAUUGCUUUUAAAACAUUUUGACACAUUUACAAUUUUUGUCACUCAUUCCAUCUACAUUUACUGUAUAACACAUAAAUAGGUAGAUCAUAAUCUGUGCGGCUUUGUAUUAGCUACUGUAAGACCUUUUACAGUCUAAUUUUUAUGAUUGUUUGCACUGUAAGUGAUGUGUGGUAACAAAAUUGGUGCAUUGCUUUUACCCUGUAUCUUAUUUGUGUAUGACGGUAGUUGACAAUCAUUUUGGUCAAAACAAUGUAAAAAUGCCAAAAUGAGUAAAUUUGUGACCUGUGGCUCACAUUUUAAAACUGAAUACUACAGAAAAUGGCUGGUUGUGUAGUGUUUACUGGCCCAUUGAGUAGGCACAGAACCAAUUUGAGUUGAAAUUGAAGAGAUAACUCUAGAACCAGAUUAAAUGCUAAGAAUUGAAAUGCUUGCUUUUUAGAGUUUUUAAGGCAAAACUGAAUACUACUGAGAAACCACUGUGUGAUAGUGUGUUAGAUAUAGUCAAUGUAACAUGUACUGGCAUUAAUUCUAUUUUCUCCUAGAAAAUGCAGAUGGAUAUACUGUAAUUAAAAACUGAGAAGACUUAAGGUAUAUGUCCCCUUUCUAAGGAAAUUUUAUAUUAAGAAUGAGCUUGAAUGUUAAGUGUCUCUGAUUAAUUAAUCAUUGUCACAAAUGCACAGAUCAUGUAAUAAUUAUAGACAAACUGGCGUUUUGAAAUAUUAUCAAUAAACACAUGACCUUAA